UCAAAUUUAAUUUUAAUUUAAUGGAUAUCAUUUUUCUUUUAAAAAGGAGUCAGCGAUUGUUCGCGUGUUGAACGUUGUCGAUAAAAUGCAACUGAUAUCUAAAAAUCGAUACAAAUCAAAGAAAUUCGUUGCCCCUAACCUGUAUUCUAUUCUCGCACAAGACACAUUCCUACUAUUUUUGAUGUCUUGCUAUGGCCGAAGAAAAUGAAGAUUUCUACGGUGUUUACUUACUAUACUGUCUGAAUGAAAACUUCAAAGGAAGGACUUACAUUGGCUACACCAAUGAUCCUAAUCACCGUAUAAAACAGCACAACAAAGGAGUAAAAAGCGGUGGAGCCAGAAAAACUAGUAUUCGAGGUCCAUGGGAAAUGGUUCUAAUAAUACAUGGGUUUCCUAAUGAUAUAUCGGCACUUAGGUUUGAAUGGGCAUGGCAAAAUCCCAAGAAAUCCAGACGGUUGAAACAUUUAGGGCCAAAACUGAGGACCGAAAAAGUAUAUGACUACUGUAUUCGUAUACUUUCAGAAAUGUUGCGUAUAUGCCCUUGGAACCGUUUAGCGUUAAAUAUACGAUGGCUUAAUGCAGAAUAUCAACGAGAUUUUAGUGACGACAAAUUUCCACCCAUGCAUAUGCCUAUAUGUUAUGGACCAAUAGUGUGUAAAAAAGUUAUGCCAUCUAAUAACGUAAGCUUGUUGGACGGCAGUUUCAAAAGCCAUAUUUGUGUUUUAUGUGCUCGUAAUUGUUCUCCAGACACUUAUCUAUAUUGUUUAGAACCCGAUUGUCAAGCAAUCACCCAUGUAUUAUGUCUUGCCAAAAGAUUUUUAGGCUCAUCCGAUCACAUUUUACCAAUAGAUGGCGAAUGUCCAGCUUGUGGCAUCCGUGUCCUAUGGGCUGAUUUAAUCCGUAGAAAAAAUGGAUGUUACAAAGGUUUAGUUACAGUAGGCAAAUAGUUUUACAUAAAUUAUUGUGUCCAACAUUACUUAUGUUCCUCUUCAACCUAUACUAAAUUAAUGUAAAAACAUUUUUUCUCAAAUAUUUUUACAGUACAAAUAUAUGUUUUAUUUAUUUUUCAAAAGUUAAUUCAUUCAACUUUUAUGUACUAACAAUCAUUUAAUUUAAUGACAAUAUUAUCGAACAUCUAUUUUUUAUUGGGU